GAGUGACAAGACAUAGCGAAAGAGGGGGAGAAGCGCGGCGUCCAGGUGUAUGUACAGCGUGUGAAAGGGAGCGCGCGAGAGACUGAGAGAGAGGCAGCACGAGAUCCGACAGAAAAACGAGCUGGGAGGUCUCUCCAGCCUAGAGCGGAAGCUGCAAAUGGAUUCCUCUCUCUCUGCUUUUUCUCUUCUAUUUCCAGAUGUGUGAUGAGUCCACGAGAGGCUGAAGAAGGCGAGAAGACGAGCGCGCGGUGACGGAGAGGACUGCGAGAAAUGGAGUUAUAAAACCUCGUCUUCCUCGCCCUCCAAGCCGCACGCACUCAUGUUCCUCUCCUCGUCCUCUUUCUCCUCUUUUUCUUUCUUCUCCUCCUCUUUUUUCUCCUCUUUCUUCUUCUGUUCCUGAGCCUUUAUCUUGGUGUCUUAGAGUGUUGCCACAUGCGUUCUGUCUCGUGGUUUUGCUUCACGGACUGUCUUUCACCUGCCUCGCAUUCUCUCCUCCCUUCGUGGUCUCUUCUGUGCUUUCUUCUUUCUUUCGGUCUUUCUCUCUCCUCCCUCUUCUAUCUUGUCAUCCCUUCUUUGCUCGUCUUCCGCCACUCUCUUGUCUUUUGUCUCUUCUCUUCUUACCCUUCUCUCGCUGUGUCUCUCUUUUCUUAUCCGUUUUCCUCUUUCGGUACCCUGUCUCUCCCGCCUCUUUCGGUGCUUUCCUCUUCCCUUACUUAGCUGUUUUUCGUGGAUUUCCUUUUAUUUCUCGCGAUGAGUCACCUGGUGCAAAAGGUGGUGGACUCGGGGAUGUUCCCCGGGACGCUGAGCAGCUAUGAAGUUUCCUCUUUUCCACAGUUGCUGCUGCUUCCUCGCCUGGACUGUCCAGACAUCAAAAUUCCGCUUCUCCUGCUCCUCCCGUCUCCGCGACAGCACCUCCGGAGACACCUCAGCGCUCAGCUGGAACUCGUGGACCUCCUCCGCCUCCACUUGCGCAGACUCGAGCGCCACGACCAACUCUCUCUCGCCCAUCUCCUCCGCUUCCGCGACAGCCUCCGCGCCCACCGCCGCAGCGCAUGUCUCCUCGAGCGCCGCGGCGCCGCGCAGGAUGCAUGCGACGCGUCUCCUCCUCUCCCCAGGGUGCGGGGCGCGGCCGCGGCGCCAGGAGAGUCCUCGGGGGCGACUCCGAGCGAGUGUCUGUACACCGCGUCGGGUCCAGAACAGUCAUCUGGGCCGGACGAGGAUUCUGCGGAAGCUUCUCUUCAACUCGAGCGGGCCGAGGCCGCCUGGAAGAAAGGAAUCGGUGUGCACGAAAGAGGCGCGGAGUCGGCGGUGGGGGAGGGGCAAGGAGACACUUCCGGAGACAGGAGUGAAGCGAACUCUGCGUCCCGGUCGCUCCCUCUUCUUCCCGGGGCUUCGCUCCAGGCCUCAGAUGACUCGAGAGAGAGGACAGAAGAAGGCUUCGGAGGCUUGUCGAAGAACGCAGACGCCCAGCCGCCGUGCUCGGGGAAGACAGAGGCACAUGUCGCGGACCUGCAGCGACGCUUGACACAGACGCGUUCGCUUCUCACGCUUCUGCAGGACCAGUUUCAUCUUCAACAGCAAUGCCUAGAGAGAGAGUUACGGCGACCCGACCAGACAGACGCCUGCAGUCUCGCAUGCUCGGAGGUCUGCCUCUGUGGCUGCUGUCUCUUGCCGGACAAGUCGACGGGGGAGCCGCGACGCGCAGCUGACCGAUGCCACCAGAGAGAAGAAAUAAGAGACACAAGACGCGCUCUGGAAAGCGGAGAUAGAAACUCGAGACCUCAUGGGCCGCGAACGCUGGAACACGCAACUCCUCGCUCCCAAAUAAGCUCUUCAGGAUCUCACUCUUCGUCUUCUGUUCCUUCGUCCUACUCUUCUGCUUCUUCUUUCUCUUCUUCCUCUUCUUCGUCUUGCCCUUCUUCCUCUUCUUCGUCUUGCUCUUCUUCCUCUUCUCCUCUGCCUUCCUCGUCUUCGUUCGCUUCUUCCCUGCCCUCUUCUUCUCUUUCUUCUGUGCCGUCGUGCUUCGCUUCCUCUGCGUCUCCGGACGCUUGUUCGAGGUUCGGUGUGGAGAGUGUGUCUGCUUUGUUUUCGGGUCCGACGGCUGCAGCGGUGGCGGCUCCGUUUCUCGUCAUUUACGCGCAUGGUAACGGGAGCGACAUAGGCGACGUGCAUGCGCGGUCGGCGCUGCUCGCGGAGCGUCUGCAAGCAAGUUUUCUCCUCUUCGACUACCCUGGCUACGGGAAGUACGCAGGCGCCGCAGAUGAGGCUUCGGUAGAUGCGACGCUGCGCUCGGUCCUCGCCUUCGCGAUUCACUGCCUCGGCUGGCCUCAGCAAAAAAUCGUCCUCUGGGGAACCUCCAUUGGCACGGGUCCCUGCACCCGCGCUGCAUGCAGUCUGGCCCACGCAGCCAGGCAGCUGCGCCCGCGCCCAGGGCCGACGCUCGAUAUCCCGAACGCAAAAAGCUCAGAAAAGCAAGAUCGAAGACGAGAGGCGAGAAAAGAACCGAACGGAGGAGAGAGAGGAGAGCAAGGAGAGCAGAGAGAAGCGCGAGAACGGAACGACGAGAGAGAGGGGAAGAUGUUGGGGUUUGGAGGAAGUUUGCGACGAAGCAAAAAGCGCGCAGAUGCCUUUUGUGUGGGUGAGGCACCCAGCUCGCGGGAGGAGAGAGAGGAAGCGACUGAGAACAGGCAGAAAGAAGGCCGGAGAAAGGGGACGAACUUCUCUUCCUUUAUCGCAGGCGUCGCCGCAGCUGUGGCGGGAGAACGCGGCGCUGGCCUCGCGACCAAAUUGGGAACCUGGAUCGAAAGAGACAACCCCGAGGACAGUGAAGGUGAAGGAGAAGAGACAAACGACAGUUGUCACUCUGGGGCUCCAAACACAUUUGGAGACUUCAAUUCAGAAGAGACCCUCGCAUCUGCCUCCCUGAUGUCUUCCUCCAGAUGCAGUGCAUCUUCUUUGCCGUCACACUCAAGCCUCACUUCUUCCUCUUCGUCCUCUCCCGCUUCGUUUUCUCCUCUACCAUCCACACACGGGGCAUACCCUUUCGGAGGAGGCUCUUCAUCUGACAUCCAAGCUGUUUCCUCGGGAUCCCAGGCUGCGGCUUCGGCGUCGAGCUUCUCGUUGCCCGUGACCUCGCGCUUGGCCUCUCUGCCGGUGCCUGCGGGCCUGGUCCUGCAGUGUCCGUACAGGUCGAUCACGCAUGCAGCGGCGGCUUUCGUGCCGUCUCUGGUGGCGCGUGCACUCGUCUCUUCUGGCUGGAACGUGGAAAACGAGGUACUUUCUUGCGACUGUCCGGUCCUCUGGAUCCACGGCCAAGCAGACGAACUCUUCCCCUGGGAAGGCAGCCUCGCUAUGCUCGACGCCUAUCGCCAGGUCUGCGAACUGCGUCGCUCCCGCGCCGCCGCGACUGCGGCGCUUGGAGCCCAACUAGCGGCCGACAGCCACGCGACGGAGCCCGCGACAGAGCCUCUGGCUUCCGGAGAUGCCGCCGCCUUUGGGCGACUCGACAGGGAGGAGACGGAUCCGAAAGUGGAGACCGCACUGGUCGCAGCGCAGUCGGCUUUCAUGAGGAGAGACGUCGAGGAAUGGGCGAUUGGGCACUUUCCCGAGGACGCGACUCACGGCGAAUUCGAUUUCCGAAAGGAUUUGGUGGAGCCCGUCCAGCGUCUCAUGAAGCGCAGCCAGCAGCGGUGCGUCGAGGCGUUUGCUGGGGAGAUUGUGUCUCUCUGGACUUCCUGCAUGCAGCCCAGUUUGCCUGCGUCGUCUGCGGGGGUCGUCUUCGAGGCCUUCCGGGCCUUCUUCGCCUCUCCAGCCCCACACGGUCCCUUGGACGGCGUCUCCUCUCCCCACGAGUCGCCUGCGGGCGGCCUCGCCUCUCGCGACUCUCGCGGCUUCGCUCCCCGUCUCCGGUUUCUCCUGCCCCCGCACGUCCUGUGCGGCCUGACUCUGAGUCACCCCCUAGUUCAGCCACUGCGUCCCACAGUCGGAGACUACUUCGCCCUCAGGACUCUGAACUCCUCGCGACCGGGGACCAAGGACGCGUCGCUCCGAGGCUGGCUCCGCGGCGAUGUGUCUCUCUUUGGGCUUGGCGGCGUCUCCCACCUGUGGAGCGCGAAGGCAGACGCGAGCGGCAACGAGGAGACUCUCUCUUCGGCUUCGAUGGACAGCGGCCUAGUCUCCGAAGACGAAGAGGAUUGGCACGGAGGCGAAGAGACAGAAGGCGAGACAGCGGCGAGUGAGGGAAUUCGUCUCGCUUCAGUUCCAUGUUCGUCUGAGGGCGUGGCACGAGGCCCUCCGGCUUUCGUGGAGGACAGCGAAGGAGGCAGUUGGAGGAAAGGUCGAGCGGAGAGGGAGGGGCACUCGGUUGCUGAGACUUCGUCUCUCCGGUCGAUGUCUGCUCCCUCAGCGACUGACGCCGCGCUCUCUUCUUCCGACGCGCCUGCCUCUCUUCAUUCUCGCCUCGACGAGAAACCUCCCCACGCACGAGCUGUCUCGCAGUCGGCGUCUGUCUCCUCGCGGUCGGCGUCUAUCUCCUCGCGGUCUUCUGUCUCUUCUUGGUCUUCUGUCUCUUCUCGGUCUGCUGGGUCCUCGCGAUCUUCGGUCUCCUCUCCAGCAUCGGUUUCUGUAUCCACCGCUCCCAGAUUUUUGAGGCCUCGGCCUCGCUGGGGCGCCGUGGCUCGCGCCCUGGCCGCGCGUGCCGAGAGGGCCAAGAAGGCCCGGAGACACCGAGGCCGGAAGCGCGCGCUUUCUGCAUUCUCCCCGGAUCUCUCGCUCGCUCCCUGGAUCUCGCUACCACCUCUCCAGGAGACUCUUUUGCAGAAUUUCUGCUCCCUUCCUGCACUGCUUGCGUGGGUCGCCCACCGGUACUCCCUCUUCCUUUCGAGGCUGCUCCAGGUCGCGCGCGAGAGAUUCGCCGCAGAUCGCUCUGGCGUCCUCGGUGAAAGCAACUGCUUCCUCGCCGAAGUCGAGUUCUUUGUGCGCCGCCUCUACGUCCUUCUCCAGCCUUCGCUGUUCGUCGACGCCGUCUACAAGAGAACGAGGAAAGGACUUCAGAGAAACAAGGAGAGGCAGGGCGAAGUGCGAAGUGAAAGGGAUGCGAAUCGGGGACAAGACAGAGAGGGGGCUUGCGACGGCCAAGACCGCGACGGACAGGGUGGGGACGCGCGCAUGCAAGGCGACACACGACAGGGAACAGAAGCCGGUGGAGAAUGCGAUGAGGAUAUCUGCUACACUCUAGAUAGUCUCGUCAUCGCUGGUGUACGCAUCCGGCUCUCUACGCCUUCGGAAUCAACGCGAGAAGAUCUUCAUCGCCUCCAGUCUCCUCAUUCUGCUUCUGCUUCGCUUCCGGGGAUGCUGAGUGUGGAGUAUUUGCCGCUGCGUCGACCGCCUGGUGUGGCGGGAGCCGUUUCGGACUUCCAGUCUCGAAGAGGGGCGAGACACAGAGAGAGGCGCGGAGUCGCCUGGCCGUCGAAUCUGAAGGCUCCUCCUGUACGAGAAAGAGACAGCGGCGGCUUUGGGCGAGAAGACACCGACAAACGCGCGAGCCGGUCGGGGCACGCGACAGCGAGGAGACCCCGUCCACAGGCGAGAAGGCGGCAGAAGUACUUUGCUCGGCCGCGGCUCUCGCCUCUUCACCUUCUGUUUCCUGCUCCUAAGUUUUUGAUUUUUCCUGUCUUCGUGCCUCCUCUCCCUUCCCUCAGCCUGACGGUCCAGUGGCUGAUGGAUGCGCUCGCACUGCUUUUCGAGAAGGGCCGUGAAGGCGCUGGGGGGGACUCGUCGCUACGAGCGUCUCCACUCACCUCGGCUUCCCCAAAUCGACCCGUCUCCCCAAGAGUCGCUUUGACUCCGUCUUGCGAUUCCGAUCCCUCGACGUUGCUGCAAGCGCCUCUCUUCUCUCGGGUGCGAGGGAAGUUGAAGCUAGGCUCCCGUUCUGAGGGCGCCUGGAGGGUGCGGGAGAAGAACACAGAGGAAUGUGUGGGGCGAAGUUCAGGGGCGCCCCAGUCUGGCCAUGGCAUUCCUCCGCUUGUGCAAGAAGAGCUCCUGAAGGGGAAAAAAACACAAAUUUCCAUCUUGUUUGCCGACCAACUUUUGAAACAACUUCUUUCGUCACCUCUCCGUCCUGCAUUCGAAGCCCUAGGCGCGCAACCUGUCCUCGGACGCCUUUCACCUCGACUUUCUUCUGGUUCUUCUUCUGGAUCUGUUGCUGAGGAACCAGCGGAUCAGAGUCGGGGGUUUCCUGUGGUUGUCGGCUCCGGAAGUGACUUCAUUGCUGGCGGCAAUUUCUUUCCGUUUGGGUGGGAUGUCCUUUUCCUUCUGUUGUUUCGCUGUCACAUUCCUUCUUACCUUCCGCGCCUCGUUCCUCCGCUCUUCCUCUCUCCUCCACCAUGUGCAGGAAACUCACGUGUGAACGGUGUCACUUCUCAGUCCUCUUCUUCCUCUUGCCCUCAGUCUUCUUCUCCAUCUUCUUCCUUUUCUUCAUUUUCCCCCUGUUCUUUCCUUUCUUCUUUAUCUGUGUCGUGUGUGGGGUCUCAGUCGCGUUGGGGUGAGGACCCCGGGACUGUGUUCUGGGGAGCGCAGCUUGCCGAGCAGUUGGCACAGCGUCGAGGACCCUCUCCUGCGCCGUUUUCCAAACCGUUCCCUUGGAUUUCGCCGGAGGCUGUGAAGCAGAUGACUGUUGCGGCUGCGCGCAUGCGCGCCGCUUCCCUCGCUUCGUCGCUUGCCUUUUGUCUGCCACUGUCUCUCGGGUGGGCCUCCUCGCCCCAGGGGUCUGUCGCCGAGCGACAGGAGCCGGUAAGGCCCGUGCCUCUCAGCCAGAAUGCCCGAGAUUUUCCUCGCGUCUUCCACUGGGAGCAACUGUCUCCGGCGCACUCGCUGCUCGUUCAGACCUCGCAGGUCGCCGCGGUCGCCAGCGCGCUGGACCUAAGUCACGCUGCCCAUGCAGAUUUCCUCCUCUGGAGCGCAAGAGCCAGUGGGCAGCUCGGAGGAGAAGAGGCAGGGGAGAAGAAGGACGGAAUGCAGGAGCGUCACAAGACGCGAGAGACCUCCAGAGGGAUAGGAGGGGACACAAGAGAGACGGGACCCGUGCAAGGGGGGUGGCGAGGAGACAGGCGAAGGGAAGCGUCUCCGCUGAGCGUGGGGUUGCCCCCGUCGCUGAUUCGAGGCGUUUUUCUCGCGUCGGAGGAAGUGCGGAGCAGGGAAGAGAAACGCUUGGAACAGGCUACGGCGCAGGAGGAAAAGAAAACGCCUCGCGAGGAGAAGGGGUCAGCGUUAUCUUUCUUCUCCUUCGCUGCAAAGCGAAGGAGAGAGAGAAAAGGCGCACGCGCGGAUGUCCAAGAUAUCGCCUGUCCUGUGCGCGACGAGGCUCGAGGGAGAGAAGAAAGGGGAGAAGCGAGAGGAGAAAGGGGAGGAGAAGAAGCGAGAGAAGCCGCGAGAGAGCCAGUGAAGGAACCCCAGAAGGAGUCGGAGAUGGAGAAGCGUCUCCUCGCUUUCUUCAGAGACAGUUUCGUCUUCAGUCAACCGAAAUUCUUCUUGUCGGAACGCGCGAGAGAUGCGGGACACACUUCUUAUCUCCACCUGCCGGACCGCUUGCUCGCGGCUCUCUGCGUCGCCCUGCGGCGCUACGAUCCUGAACAAAGAGAAGGCAGUGAGCCUGAGGCCGACAGGCGAGGGGAAGCCUUUUUUUCUGAAUCGAGGAGUGGAGAAAGCUGCCGGAGAGACGACCUCGAGCAUCGACGUGAAACCGACGGCAGCCAGAAUCCGAAAGAUGCGAAAAUCCGGAUCGACGAUGUGGCGACACCGUUCCUCCGUGCAUGCAGAGAAGCCGAUCCAAGCGAACAGUCGAGGCGGCAAGGAGUCCCGGCUCCAGGCACUGUAGAGUGGAGUGGAAACACAGAAACAGAGGCGAAAGUGGCGACGCCUUCCGGGUCGUCUUCCUUUUUCGCCUCUUCUGCUCCUCAAACUUCUUCGUCCUCGUCGAGCAUCGCUCCCCCGAGAGCGAAGCGUGGAGGCGAGACAGGCGAAGUGCCGCGAGAAGAAGCGAAGGAGACAGACAGGGGCUGGGGUGCCCCUGCCGACAGAGGCAACGACAGGACUCUUCCCCCUUUUUCGAGGCCUCUGUCUUCUUGCUCGCCUACCGGCUCUGCCUCGCGAGGAAAGAACGUCGCGCCUGCCGCCCUCUUCCUGAGUGGCGCCGGAGACUGCCACAGGCUCGACACAGAGCGAGACGCUGGAGACGGCACUGUCUUCAGAGAAAAAGAAAAGGAGAGACAGGAAGAGAAGCGAGAGAAGGAGAGAGAGGAGAGGGGUUUCUACGGAGACGACGGAAAUCUGGCGGUUUGUGAAGCGCCGCUUCGACGGCCUUCCCCAGAUUCCUGGGAUGUGGCGUUCUUUCGUGUGUCUUCUCCCGUGGGCGGUCCACGGCCCGCCGUGUUUGCUGUCUCACCACCUGAGACGCCGACAGUACAGGAUGAACAACGAGAACUGGCCGAGUGGUGUUUCCUCGCCGCCCUCAUUCGCGCCGAGCUCGCGACCGUAUCCCUUCUCCGCCGCGCGCCAACAGCCGGGAGAGACAGGCAGGUAAAGCAAGGAGACAGAGAGGAGACAGCUGAGCAGGGCAACGCGCUCAGCGGUGCGCUGCGGAGCACAGGGCGUGCAUGCGAAUCUGCAGAGGAAAAGAGAGGAAGCAGAGCGGCGACACAACACGUGGAAAAGAAAGACGACGAAGAAGAGUUGUUGCGUCUGGCCCUACGAGCUUCCUCCGUCCAUGGACUAGCCGCCGCGGCGUCUCCGAGUCUCCCUUUCCAUCCGCUGACAGUCGCCCUGGAGCGCCUUCUUCUGUACGUAUUGGACCAAGUUUACCGUUUCGACUCAGCUCCGUCGAGUCGCCGUCUCCCCCGCCUUUCGCUCGCGCCCUUCUCUGCGCCCCUCGCUCCCUUUCUUCCUGCCCCGCUCCCAAUGAAAAGUCGUUCUUCCGGUUCCUGUUCGUCCCAAGUCUCUCGCGAUUCAGAUCGAGGAACUCCGCAGUCCGUGCCGUCUCCUCGGCCUGAGCGUUCCGGCUCUUCCUCUCUCCCUCCAGGAGGGCCUCCGUCCCUCGUUCCCUCUCGCCCUGAGGUGCCUGUCUCGCACUUUGCCUUCCCUGCUCGUGUCUCGUCUGCGGGGUCUUCGUCGCUGGGCUCUGCCGACCAGCGCUCCUCCGUGGGGCGUCUGGGGACGCACGCGGUUUUUUCUGGUCCGGCGCCGGUCGGCGCGAAGCGCAGAGGCGCGGGAGAGACUGCGGCGGAGACUCUCGGGGUGCCCGAACCCUGUGAAGCCCAACGGUCCCGUGCCGGGCCGACCACUCUGGUCUUCAAGAACUCAGCGGGGGCAAUCGCGUUUCUGAGGGCGCGAAGCAUGGCGAACAGCGACGGAUUGAAUGACACGAAACAGGUCACAGAGGGCUCCCGAGACGCCGAAGCCAGGCGUUUUUCUUCUGUUCCUUCAGACAGUUGUGGACGUGCUAGGACAGCCGAAACGAAGGAGAAAAGGAGGCCCACUCUCCCUCCCAUUGAGAUUCGGAAUGAGCUGCUUCCGGGUCCCCGCAGCGUCGACCGGGUCUCCCUAGAGACUCAGCAAGACGUCCAGCAGGGGCGUGGGGGCCCCCCUUCCCUUCCACUAGAAGGCGAGGAGUUACACUGUCUGGGUCGCGGCGUCUCUGCAGCCUCAGCUGCGGGUGCUCUGCAGCAGCUGCACGCGCUUGCCCCCCAGUCCAGGCUCCUUCCAUCAGUCCAAGAGCUAAAGAACCAGCGAAUAACGGAGACUCCAGCACCUCGAAUUUCGGUCUUGAAGACUCCUACGCCUACUCGAACGCCAACGUUACCUGUUGCAGAAGGUAAGCAGCAGGACGAAAGGGUGACUCCCGCAGGGCCACCAGCUGGGAUAUGUCUCCAGGGAUUCUCAGAUAGGCGCCAAACCGGGACUACGGCAUCUCCGCCUACCACAGAAGGCUUCUCCUUCCCUGUUCCCGGACAGACGACCCAAGAGGUGGAAGGCCCGAUGUGGCUUUCCUCCGAUGGCUGCACUAACAUUUUUCCUUGGGGUGGCUGCCUUUCUGUGGCGUGUGCUGGAGUAAGCGCACCAGCACAGAGAGACCUUCAGGCCUCAUGGGCCCCAGAAGGCCAGCCAGAACGUGUGCCCGGACCGGAGACAGAAGCAGAGGGCAGGUUGCCUGGAGACAAAGCAUCCUGUCCUCCCAACGGGCCAGCUGUCAGCGAGUCUGUCUUUCUGAAGAGAAGCCUUCACAUGCGGGAAUGUUCAGGGACUGGCCCCUAUGGGGACUCCACCCCUGUCUGGGUUGCGCAGCCGCUGCGCCCGAUGCGUCUGUUGCCUUCUCACCCUCCAGUCCCUCUUCCGGUCGCUCGAGAGAGCUCGGAGCCAAAAGGAGACACUCGGGGCUCCCACAGUGGAGGGUCGAGGUUCGAGGAUGUAGCGCGGAAUUCUGAUGGUAAGGACUCAACCGAGAACAAGUUCCACGCUCGCGAAUCUUUCCUCUCUGGAUCCAGCCGUUCCCUGAAUCCAGUGCAUCUGCAAGGAGUGCCGGCUUCUCUGGCUCCAACAGGCGCGCCGCAAGUCGCGGGCGUGUCGCUGAGACCUUUGUCUUCAGCUGUUCUUCAGCCACUUCCCUUGUCUGUUUUUCCGCAGCAUGAUAAGCACGGAAGACGGCUCGUGGAGUCAUUGCAAAAAGACGGUCAAAGAAGAGGACUCUCAGAAACCAGAGAGUUCCCGGGGCCUCAGAAAUUAGAUGAGUUUUUAAGAGACAGCACAGAAAGCGCUUCUGGCGCGACUCUUAGUUUGGCUGCAAACGGCGAGAGAGACGCUGUUAACGCGACAUCCCAUCAGCAGGCACGGGACUGUCUCGGUACGCACAUGACGUUAGGACAAGUACCGCAUAAGGUAGAGCAGCUUGAUUUCUUUAGAAGAGGAGAGUUCGUUGUAGACAAGGAAGAAGCACGCAGUGGAGAGAUAAGGAAACUGGGGCAGUUUGGAUGCGUGCAGAACGCAGGAGGGAAAGAACGGACAGACACAAGCUCCAGUCGAGAAAGCGAAGGCGCCGACCCCAUUUUCGCUGUGGACAACCUCCUUUCGGGGUGAUUUUUUUGCGCGCGAUCAGUCUGUCGUGUUCAACCUUUAGAUUCAGUUCUCGCGACUUUUUUGUUGUUGGCCAUUCGAGUGCCCCCGGUGGAAUGCGUGUAAUAUCCCAUUUUAUUGGGAAGCAUGAAAGUUCUAGAGCACUGCAUGUGUAGUCUCAACGGGAUUCAGGUUGUGUCAUUCGUGUAUCAGUGGCGGAAAAAAGACAACCGCUUGGAAACAAAUGCAAGCCAGCUGCAGAUGAUGAACACGCAGUUGUUUCAUAGAAUGUCGGACAGCAUUUAAGUAAACAUGGUCAAAGGUGCGGUUCUUCUGUGCCUGGAGGAGGAAACGGGAAAAACAUCUUUGAAAAAAUCUGAUACUCGCGUACAGGCUCGCUCUUCACUUUCCGUUUACUGUAGCCACUGGUAUUGUCCCUCAACUAUCGGGUCUCGGGAAAAUGUUGUGCCUUAGGGACCAACACAGAAGCGCAGGUAGAGCCUUCAAUACCAGUGAAACAAAGUAGACUCGCUACACGUGAAAUCUGCUCUUGGUGCCGUUGCCGUUUCAACCUGUUCAUAGGGAUCUGUUUGGUUGGCGAGAAUGCCAAGUGGAUCAGGAUGGGCGGCACGGUGUCAUGUUUUGUUGGCUCGCGCAAAUGAAGCCGCAUCUCAUAGUGCCUGCAGGCUAGACCUAGUCAAGGAAUGUAUCAAUGUCACGAUCAUCGUGUCCCCC